AUUAUUCCGUGUUAACAAAUGCCGAUACUGUAAUCGAUACAUCGUUAACGCUUAAUAUUUCUCACAAUACUGACGAAUAUACUCAUCUCAAUGCAAUAACAAACAUAGAAACAGAAGUAAUAACUGAGUUACCACCUGGUAGUACAUCCCCUAUUGAACCACAUACAGAACAAAAUAUAAAAACAUCUAUUGAUUAUACAACAACUAAAUUACAAGCAACUGGACCAACAGAAAGUGAGGAUGAAAUAAAACAAACUACUGACAUGAGUAUUGAAUGGUCAAGUACUAAAGAUUCUGCAACAUUAAAAAGUAAUAUUAUCAAUACAAAUAUCGAUACAGAUAAGCCUACAAUGGGAUUCGACCAUACGCGUACUACUUUCGAUCUAGAAAAACACAGUCAAGGUACUGAACCAGAUUUGGGCCAAACUACUGAGACAUAUAGAAGUAAUGUAUUAAAUCAAAUUACAACUGAAAAUAUUAAUGAUUCUUCUCAUCCUAGUAGCACUAUAAAUAAUGUAGGUCGCAAGGGACAAACAAAAGCAACAACAAGUGUUUAUGGUAUAUCAGGAUUCCACGAGACUGCAUUUACUGAAAAUAUGCAAACUACCAAUGUACUUGAUACAGAGACUUCUUUUACUAAUGUAAAAAAGGAUGAAAGUACAAAGAAUAGCAUUGACUUUGAUCAUACAAUUUUACCUCAGACUACCGUGAUAUUUGAGAGUCAAGGGAAAAAUAUAAAUACUCCUGUAACAAAUUUUGAAGAAUAUGAUUUGGUGACUACUACACCACAAGAAUAUGAUAUAUAUAAAUCAACUAAUUCGGAACAUAAAACCUCAAAAUACAGUACAACAUUUUAUACAGAACAUUUAAAAGAAACUACGCAGCAAGAAACAUGGCAAUCAUUUGUAACUACAACUCAAAGUGAAAUUUUCAUCGAGAAAACAACUGAAAACCAUGAACCUUUAUCGUCUGUGGAAGUUACUACGAAUAAUAUUCUAGAAAAAACUGAACCGUGGCAGCUAUCUUCACAAAUAAAUAUACACAGAACAACGGAAACGCCGCUUUUUGAUUUCACAGAUGUAACUUUGUUUUCGACUAUCGGAACUGAUGGUUUGACGAACACUAUUAAUAGUAAUAAGUUAGAUAGUACAUCAGAGGUGACACGAUAUGAUGAGAAGGUAACCAGCUCUAAUUUAGGCUCCGACGUCUCUCUCAUAACUGAAACACAAUCAACUUUUAUUAAUGCCAAUACUGAAAAUCCCAAUAAAUCUUACCCAUCCACUACAGUUUCAACUACUGAAUCAACUACAGAAAAAAUCGAACCCAAAAAAAUGAAUGAAACGGAAAGCACAGCUUCAACCAAUUUUUCUGUACAUUUUGCAAUGAAAUCAGAUAAUUCUACUGAAAUUGAACGCCAGUCUACACUAUUGCCUCCUAUUGAUACAAAUAUGUCAAGUACAAGUUCACCUGAAAAUGAAAAAUAUACAACGCAUUCAAGUCACGUUACAAAUCAUAUCACUGAGCAGCAAACUCCCGAGACAACGUACUCUGAUACUAAAAGUGAUCAUUUUUCUACUACAACAAAUUCUAUAAAAAUGCAAUCCACUAAAGCAGAAGAUUCAUUCGAAACGGAAAGCGUAUAUAAAACUAUACUACCAUUUACAUAUAAAACAACGGAAGAAGAAACUACUGUUUUGUAUACUGUUACGGAAAAGAGUAGUGAUGAUUAUGUUACAUAUAUACCAUCCAUUUCAACACAAAGUAGUUCGAAAUAUGAUUCAACAGAAUCACCAACCGAUUUGAGUGAAUUGCUAAGUUCAACAAGUAAUGUUGAACAUCUAACUAAUAUGAAAAUGGAUGGUAAAAAUCCUACAUCGACUGUAAAUGAUAAAUAUACUAUACCGCAAAACUUAUUGACGUCGUCUUUAAAACCUACCAUAACUGAGAUAGAUACUCAAACCUCUAAUGACUUUCCACCUACCGACUACAUUGAAAACUCAGGAAGUUCCACAACAAAAGUAGCUUUCACGUCUCCUCAUACAAAACCACCAGAUAAAAAUUAUAGUUUUUCGCUUAUUCCAAAUUUAACUAGGCUAGUAGGUAUGACAGACACUACUGAAAUAUUUGAAUAUGACCUUAUAACUAAACUCGAAUUUGAAACCACUACUGAAGGCUCCUUUUUAAAUAAAAAUACUGGUUCAACUAUUCCUACAAAUAUUUUUAAUCUCCAAUCAGUCAGUUCAAGAAAAAAUGAGUCCACCUUCAUAAAUAACAAUGAUAUAAAGACAACUAGUUCAAUAAAUAGCCCUAGUGAAUUAACAACUACCCCUGAUAGCUUUAGUGACAAACUGAAUAGACAACCUAAUUUGGAGGUGUUUACUGUAUCUCAAUCCUAUGCUACAACAAAAAAAUCAGAUGUGACCGAGAACAUUCGUAAUCAAAAUACUGCGGAAGUUUAUUACACACUUACAGAUAGAAAUAAAUUCACUCAGGAAAAUGAGAUAAUCACUAGCUUAGAUAGACGUGAUGAAAGCGAUCUGCCUACUAAAAUGACUACUUCUAUUAAUAACAUUUUGAAUAUAGAUCAUACAACACCCAUGAUGCAUACCACACUAGAUAUAUCAUCUAACAGUUUUGAGAACUUCGAUACUAUUAGUACCGAAAAAGUUCAAAGUGAAAGCCAAAAGUCUACUAUUGCAGACGACAUGCAAUUUGUUACGUCCACAACAUCGUUGGCAAACGAUGAAAGUAAUACAUUUGUGAAUCAAAUGACAACAAUAGAAUUCCCUAAAAACGAUGACCAAACUACUAUUGCAGUUACCAAGAAGAGUCCUGCUCCAGAUUCUGAUUUGUUUAGCCAAUUAAAUGAAAAUAAGAAAUAUACAAUAAGCGACCUUGAAAGCAUGAAUUCAUUCACAUCAACGCGUAAUGAUGAAAAUAUGCAAACUAAAGAAGAUACUGAAAAUAUCAAUGAAGCUAUAGAAUACACUACUAAAUUUCACUUUACCAAUAUUCUAACUACUGUGGAUACUGAAAAUAAUGGUCGAACAAUAGAAUAUACCACCGCAUUCCCAUCAACAAGUAGUGAUCAUUUUCAAUCUAACGUGGCUACUGAAGAUAAUAUUAGUCAAACAACUGGAUAUCCUACAUCUUCUCAAUCAAGCAGUGAUGAAAGUAUGCAAACUAGUGUGUUGACUGAUAAUUAUGGUCAAACUGUGGAACAUACUACAUCUCAACCAACAAGCAGUAAUGAUAUUAUUCAAUCUAACUUCGUUACGGAUAAUUACGGUCAAACUAUGGAUCAAACUACAUCUCAAUCAACACGCAGUGAUGAUAUUAUUCAAACUAUCGUGGUGACUAAUAAUAAUGAUCAAACUGUGAAAAAUACUACAUCUCAACCAACAAGCAGUAAUGAUAUUAUUCAAUCUAACUUCGUUACGGAUAAUUACGGUCAAACUGUGGAUCAAACUACAUCUCAUUCAACACGCAGUGAUGAUAUUAUUCAAACUAAGGUGGCUACUAAUAAUUACGAUCAUACUGUGGAACGUAUUACGUCUCAAUCAACAAGCAGUCAUGAUAUUAUUCAAACUAAUGUGGGAAUUGAUGAUUACGGUCAAAGUAUGGAACAUUCUGCAUCUCAAUCAACAAGCAGUGAUGAUAUUAUUCAAACUAAUGUGGGAAUUGAUGAUUACGGUCAAAGUAUGGAACAUUCUGCAUCUCAAUCAACAAGCAGUGAUGAUAUUAUUCAAACUAAUGUGGGAAUUGAUGAUUACGGUCAAAGUAUGGAACAUUCUGCAUCUCAAUCAACAAGCAGUGAUGAUAUUAUUCAAACUAACGUGGUGACUGAUAAUUACGGUCAAACUAUCGAACAUACUAUAUCUCAACCAACAAGCAGUGAUGAUAUUAUUCAAACUAAUGUGGGAACUGAUAAUUAUGGUCAAACUGUGGAAAAAACUACAUCUCAAUCAACAAGCAGUGAUGAUAUUAUUCAAACUAAAGCGGUAACUGAUAAUUACGGUCAAACUAUCGAACAUACUACAUCUCAAUCAACAAGCAGUGAUGAUAUUAUUCAAACUAAAGUGGGGACUGAUAAUUACGGUCAAACUAUCGAACAUACUACAUCUCAAUCAACAAGCAGUGAUGAUAUUAUUCAAACUAAAGCGGUAACUGAUAAUUACGGUCAAACUAUCGAACAUACUACAUCUCAAUCAACAAGCAGUGAUGAUAUUAUUCAAACUAAAGUGGGGACUGAUAAUUACGGUCAAAAUGUGGAAGAUACGACUAUAUUUCCAUCAACAAUCAAUGAUAGAAAUAUACCAUCUGAAAUAGCUUUUGAAAAUAAAGGCCAAACUGUAGAAAGUAUUACUAUUCCUCAAAUAACAAGUACUGAAGGAAAUAUGUUAGUGAUCAAUAAUAUCGAAAAAACGACGGAAUAUACAUCACAAUAUACAAGCUCGGAAAGAAAUAUUGUAACUGAGGUAGUUACUAAAAAUAUUAUUCAAAUCACGGAUUAUACUCAUACCUCACUAUCUACAAAUGUUAACGAAAUUAUUCCAUCCAAUGUAGGUACUGAUAAUAGUAAUCCGGAUAUGCAAUAUACUACCACGUCUCGACCAACAAGCAGUGAUGAAAACAUUGUAACUCAGACGGUUACUGAAAAUAAGAGUCAAAUUCUAGAUGCAACUUCUUUAUCUCAAAUACCAAUUACGAAAACGGAUACUGCAGACUUCACUCGUACAAUUGUUACCGCUUCAGUACUGCAUGAUCCCACAUUAUCUAUCACUACCGAAUCUAAUAUAAAAUCUUCGUCGAAAUCGCAACACUCUUCAUAUAGCUCUAGUACAUCUGUUGAGAAUUUGUCUUCUAGAAGUAAGGAUGUUGAUAUUCCUGCUUGGACAGAAUCUACGACAUUUACUGACUUGACAUCUACGGCGACAACGACUUUGAACUUUGACUUAAAUAUCAUUAUAAAAUGUAAAGCAAACUCACAUUGUCCGACGAACAAAGCAUGUCUUAACGGAGUAUGCCAGAAUCCUUGUCAAAUAGUGGGAAAGAAAUGCAAACAGAACACAUCGUGUAUUACUGUCAACCACGCAGCUGUUUGUGUUUGCGAUGACGUCACUACAACCGACUGUGUAAGAGAAUCGGCUGGAACGCCAAAAGUACCAGAACCUUGUCACUCUGAUCGAGACUGUAUAGAAAUCGAAGCCUGUUUCAUGGGAUUGUGUCAAGAUCCAUGUGAGUUUGACAAUGUAUGUGGCAUCGGAGCCAAUUGUCAACGCAUUAAACACAGGCCGAUGUGCUCGUGCCCAGCAGGGUACGAUGGAGAUCCCGCAGUUAAAUGCACGCCUAAAAUAUUUGGUUGCACUCGAAACGAAGAUUGUCACUUAACUGAAGCUUGUAUAAAUAAUGCCUGCCAACACCCAUGUGCAAUACACAAUCCAUGCGCACCCAAAGCCGUCUGUAUAAACACAAACCAUGGCUCAGAUUGUAGCUGCUUAGAAGGUUAUCAAGGAAACGGAUACGUGGGCUGCGUACCAGUAAUGGAUUCGCGAUCCGUAUGUCAGUAUAAUGAGGAUUGUCCACCGGAAUUGUUAUGUGAUACACUUAACAGAGUAUGUAUCAGUCCGUGUGCUGUCAAUAAAUGUGGAGAAAAUGCUGAAUGUGUUCCCUUUAACCACGACAGCCAAUGCAGAUGCCCGGCAGGUUUUACUGGGAAUGCUUUCCUUGAGUGUCACCAAGUGCAAGGAUGCCGCUCGGAUAAUGAAUGCGCCAAUUCUGAAGCUUGUAUCAAUGGUAAAUGCGGAUCACCAUGUAAAUGUGGUAUAAAUGCAAUUUGUGAUGUACUUAAUCAUCGUGCAUCGUGCAAAUGUCUUGCCGGAUAUACUGGCAAUCCACUAAUUGGUUGCGAGCCACCAUCAAAUCCAUGUGUUCCUAAUCCCUGUGGAACCAAUGCACUAUGUGAAACUGAUAACGGAAAUCCGAUUUGUGUUUGCCCUAAAGGCUUAACAGGAAAUCCAUUUAAGAAUUGCAUACCGGAGGGUAACGAAUGCGAACCAAACCCAUGUGGUCCAUAUUCAGGAUGUAGAUUAAUAGACGAUAAACCAGCAUGUUUCUGCUUACCAAAUUAUGAAGGAAAUCCACCUCGGCAACCCUGUAAACUUCCAAAUAAUCCUUGUAACCCAUCACCAUGUGGACCGAACACCCAGUGCACCGUAUUAUCUAAUGGAUUUUCUAAAUGUACUUGCUUACCUGGAUUUAUCGAAAGUCCUAAUACAGUCAGAGGUUGCGUGGAAGCACGCAAUCCCUGUGAACCUAAUACUUGCGGUGUUGGGGCUCGUUGUGAUCCAAAUAGAUCACCAGCAUGUUACUGUCCUGAAAACACUGUAGGAAAUCCAUACAAAUCAUGUGAGAAUAAUCGCGGUUAUUUACCACCAGUAUCCAGCGUACUAUGUCAACCGGGACCUUGUGGCCCGAAUGCAGACUGCUUCGUAAGUGGUAACAGAGAAAUGUGUUACUGUAAAGCAAGUUUUAUUGGUGAUCCUUACACUGGAUGUCAGCCUCAAAUACUGCCCUGUGUCCCUAACCCAUGCGGUCCACAAGCUGUUUGUCAAACUAGUCUCGAUGGACAAGCACAAUGCCUCUGUCCUGAGGGUAGUCUUGGGGACCCCUAUGGUCCUAAUGGAUGUUAUACUCGAGAGUGCGAAGUUGACGAUGAAUGUGCACCAAACAAGGCUUGUAUAGGUUACAUGUGCAGAGACCCAUGUCCUGGAAUGUGCGGCUUGAAUACUAAAUGUCAUGUGGAAACUCACAGACCAGUAUGCGAAUGUGAAAAUGGAUUUGUAGGUAAUCCUUUGAUUUGUUGUUUACCACCUGAAGAUCAAAAAUCAAUCAAGCCUUGUAAUAAAGUCCAAUGUGGAAUAAAUGCAAUUUGUCAAGAUGUGGAUGACAAAGCUGUUUGCACGUGCCCAGUGGACUUUUCGGGCGAUCCACAUAUUGAAUGUAAACCGGAAUGUGUCAUGAGUUCUGAUUGCCCGCCCAACGAAGCUUGCGUCAAUAAAAAAUGUAUAGACCCAUGUUCAUUCAGUAACGUUUGUGGAAUUAACGCCGUUUGCUUAUGCAAUGACCACACUGUGUCAUGCCUAUGUCCGGAUGGAUACACUGGUGAUCCGUUGACCCAAUGUAUUUAUAAACCAAUCGUUAUUGGAGUUGACAAUUCAACAUCACAACCUUGUUCGCCGAAUCCUUGUGAUUUCAAUGCUCCUUGCGACACCUACGGGAAUCAAUUUGCUAUUUGUGAUGCUUGUAUCGGGCCCAACGCUGCUAGUAAUCCAGCAUGCCGACCAGAAUGUGUCCUUAAUUCGGAUUGUCAGUUUAAUAAAGCAUGUUUAAGAAAUAAAUGUGUAGACCCAUGCCCAGGAUCAUGCGGCGUCAAUGCGGAAUGUUCGGUAUAUCACCAUGAUCCCAUCUGUCAAUGCAAAUAUGGUUUUGAAGGCAACCCAUAUGAAUACUGCAAAUCUACUACGCGACCUGUAUUACACGAGACUUGCGAUAAUGUUCUUUGUGGAGCCAAUGCAGUUUGUCAAGACAUCAAUGGGGCCCUAACAUGCCAAUGCUUUCAAAACUUUUACGGAAACCCAUAUGUAUCAUGCAGGCCACAAUGUGUUGUGAAUAGUGAUUGUUCACCAGACCUUGCCUGUUUUAACAACAAAUGUGAAAACCCUUGUAAAGAUGUAUGCGGCAUUGGGGCAUUGUGUAAGACAGUCAACCAUCACUCGGUCUGCUACUGCGAAUCUGGUCAAAUCGGUGAUCCAUAUGUUAGAUGUCAACAAGCCCUCGGUCCAAUUCCUUCUUUAUCCGCGUGUGAUCCGUCUCCAUGUGGUCCACAUAGUCGUUGUCUUGUAUCAUCAACUGGUUUCGCCGUAUGCUCAUGUAUGCCAGGGCAUAGGGGCAUAGCACCGAUGUGCCAACCUGAAUGUGUCAGCAAUUCAGAUUGUCAACAGACGCUAACCUGUGUAAAUCAACGGUGUAUAAAUCCUUGCUUAGGCAGCUGCGGCGUCAGUGCUGACUGUGUCGUCGUUAACCACAAUCCUGUAUGUAUUUGUAGUGCGGGUAAAACAGGGGAUCCUUUCGUCGCAUGUACAGAAAUGAUAGAGGGACCACCGAAAGGCGAACAUGACAAGAAUCCAUGUGUUCCAUCUCCCUGUGGGCCCAACUCGGUAUGCGAAAUAAAAUCGAACCAUCCGGUAUGUUCGUGCGUUCCUAAUUACUCAGGCACUCCACCAAACUGCAGACCAGAAUGUGUUAUCAGUCAAGAAUGCCCUCCUAGUCAAGCUUGUAUUAAUGAAAAAUGUUUGGAUCCGUGUGUGGGUGCUUGUGGAAAUAACGCAAGAUGUGACGUCGUGAACCAUACGCCAUUAUGCAGUUGUUUAGAAGGAUACAAAGGUGAUGCAUUUAUUGGAUGCGAUGCUAUAUCGAAACAUGACAUACCAACACCAUGCAGUCCGUCACCUUGCGGCGAAAAUACGAUAUGCACUGUGGUAAAUGACAUAGCUCGUUGUUCAUGUAUCCCACCAAAUAUAGGAAAUCCAUACGCAGGCGGUUGCCGUCCUGAGUGUACGAUAAAUUCGGAUUGUCCUAAUCACUUAGCUUGUCUUUCAAACCAUUGCCGAGAUCCUUGCAAGGAUUUGUGCGGGGUAAACGCUGAAUGUAUAGUCACAAAUCAUGUCCCAGUCUGUACCUGCUUUAGAGGAUACGAAGGUGAUCCAUUCCAGUCAUGUCGACCUCAGGAACAUAGACCUCCGUCCGCUUACAACCCUUGCGACCCAUCACCCUGUGGCGCCAAUAGUGAAUGUCACGUGGUAAGCGACCGUGCCGCUUGUUCCUGUCGUCCCGGAUUCCACGGAGCUCCACCUGCGUGUCGCCCUGAGUGUUCCGUUAACUCAGAUUGCCCAGGGAACAGAGCAUGUAUUAAUCUCAAAUGCAAGGACCCGUGCGUUAAUAGUUGCGGCUUGGACGCUCGUUGUCAUGUUGUUGGGCAUAAUCCUAUAUGUACUUGCCCCGAAAAUUUGCCUGAAGGAGACCCUUUUAUCAGAUGUUACAGAAAGAGUAUUAUUGAACAACCACCUGACCCGUGUCUUCUGUCACCGUGCGGACCACAUUCGACGUGUCGGAACGAAGCGGGCCGUGCAGUAUGUGCAUGUGAGGCUGGUGCUCUCGGAGCUCCGCCUUCCUGUCGCCCUCAGUGUGUUAUCAAUCAAGAUUGUCCCCUAGCGCUUUCUUGCCUCUCUGGAACCUGCGUCAAUCCUUGUAUAGGAUCAUGUGGGUUUAACGCCCGCUGUAACGUACAAAACCAUCAGCCAAUCUGCUCCUGUGACGAAGGAUUCUCCGGAGAUCCGUUUGCUGGCUGUAAUCCAGUUGAAAUUUCGAAAGCAGAACCUCCAAAGCCUUGUCAUCCCUCACCAUGCGGAUCUAACGCAAUUUGUCGGGAAAGAAACGGUGCUGGUUCUUGUAUAUGUUUAGAUGAUUUUUACGGUGAUCCAUACGUUGGGUGUCGUCCAGAAUGUGUUAUGAACACCGACUGUCCUAGAGACAAAUCUUGUUUUAAUAACAAAUGCGUGGAUCCGUGUGCUGGUACUUGUGGACAAAACACUGAAUGUAGAGUAUCGAAUCAUGCACCUUCAUGUUACUGCUUGCAUGGGCACACUGGAAACCCUCUGCAUGCCUGUGUUCCUGUUAUUCCUCUACUAGACUCUGUGGAUCCGUGUCAUCCUUCACCUUGUGGACCAUAUAGCAAAUGCCGUACUUUUAAUGGACAUGCCGUUUGCACAUGUUUGGAUAUAUGCGUUGGUUCUCCACCGAAUUGCCGGCCGGAAUGUAUAGUUAGUUCGGAUUGUCGUCCUGAUAAGGCGUGUGUUAAUCAAAAAUGUCAAGAUCCAUGUCCUGGCACAUGCGGUAUUAAUGCUAAUUGCCAAGUUGUGAAUCAUAAUCCUAUAUGUAGUUGCAUAAGCGGAUAUACUGGCGAUCCUUUUAUAAGAUGUUUCUUUGAAGACAAGCAAAUGACACCAAUAAAUAGUUGUGUACCCAAUCCUUGCGGUCCAAAUUCUCAAUGCAAGGAAGUUGAUGGAGUGCCUGUGUGCUCCUGCUUAGAAAAUUACGUGGGUCGCCCACCCAACUGCAGACCGGAGUGUGUCAUUAACGUAGAAUGUCCGGGUAAUUUGGCUUGUAUUGCUGAAAGAUGUAAUAAUCCUUGUCCGGGAUCUUGCGGUAUUCACGCAUCUUGUACAGUUGUUAAACAUGUCCCGAUAUGCACUUGCAAUCAAGGAUACACUGGAGAUCCAUUCUCGGCAUGCUCGCCUAUUCCGACCAUAGAACCACAACUCGGAAAUCCUUGUGCUCGUUCACCCUGUGGAGCAAAUGCAAUAUGUAAAGAAAGACAUGGCAUUGGAUCUUGUUCUUGUCUCCCUGAUUAUUAUGGUGAUCCAUACAUAGAGUGUCGGCCAGAAUGCGUAUUAAAUUCAGAUUGUCCCAAAGAUAGAGCCUGUGUUAACAAUAAAUGUAAAGACCCGUGUCCAGGAGUGUGCGGCAUGAAUGCCGAAUGUCGCGUUAAUAAUCAUGCCCCAUCCUGUGCAUGCCUGCCGGGAUACGAAGGAAAUCCAUUCACUUCCUGUUAUAUAAAUGCUGUUCAAAAUCCAAUUGAUCCGUGUGUUCCAUCGCCUUGCGGGCCGUACAGUAUAUGUCGUGAAAGUAAUGGAUACGGUAUAUGCUCAUGCCAGGAACAGUACUUUGGAUCACCUCCAUUCUGUCGUCCGGAAUGUAUGGUUAGCAGUGACUGUAUGCCAAAUCGAGCAUGUAUAAACCAGAAAUGCGUAGAUCCGUGCCUCGGCUCAUGUGGCAGUAAUGCAAAAUGUACAGUAGUUAAUCACAAUGCUUUGUGCAGUUGUCCACAAAAUUAUGUGGGUGAUCCAUUUGUACAUUGUACAUUAGAGACAAGGCCCGAACCGAAACCAUCUGGAAAUCCAUGUAUCCCAUCUCCAUGCGGACCGUAUUCACAAUGUCGUGUAAUAGGGGAGACACCAGCGUGCUCUUGCCAGCCGGGCUAUAUUGGACGGUCACCAAACUGCCGACCUGAAUGUAUCUACGAUGAAGAGUGUCCCAGUAACCUUGCUUGUGUCCGGGAAAAAUGCGUCAGUCCGUGCGAAGGAUCAUGCGGUUCAAACGCCGAAUGUACAGUAAUUAAUCACAAAGCAGUUUGUCAUUGUCGCGAAAGUUAUACAGGUGACCCCUUCAGUGGUUGCUAUUUUAUUGUUACGGUACCAAGCGAAGAAGAAGUUAACCCAUGUAACCCAUCUCCAUGCGGCCCGAACGCUAUUUGUAAAGAGAAAAAUUCAGCUGGAUCAUGCACAUGUUUACCAGAAUAUUUUGGAGACCCAUAUUUAGGAUGCCGACCAGAAUGUGUCACAAAUAAUGAUUGUCCAACUGAUAAGGCGUGUUCGAAUAACAAAUGCAUAGACCCAUGCCAAGGCGCUUGCGGAGUUAAUGCCCAAUGUUUAGUUACACAUCAUACACCAACAUGCUUAUGUCUUGACGGUUAUGAUGGCAAUCCCACGGUAUCUUGCCACCCACAGAGAAAACCUCCUUUAGCUGAUGAAAAUCCAUGCGUACCAUCACCUUGUGGACCCUAUAGUAACUGUAAAGUAGUUGAUAAUCAUGGAGUAUGUUCGUGCCAAGAAGGAUACGUGGGGUCACCGCCAACAUGUCGACCUGAAUGUGUUACUAGCACGGAAUGCGCUCAACACCAAGCGUGCAUCAAACAAAAAUGCAGGGACCCUUGUCCCGGCACAUGUGGAAUUAAUGCAAAAUGCCAAGUUAUAAACCAUAAUCCCAUAUGUACUUGCAAACCAGGGUUCACUGGCGAUCCGUUUAUAACUUGCCAGUUGGAGCAAAAACCUAUUCUAGAGGGGCCUAAAGGAAAUCCAUGCGUUCCUUCACCUUGUGGUCCAUAUUCUCAAUGUAAAGUAGUUGGAGAAGCGCCUGCAUGCUCAUGCUUACCCAAUUAUAUAGGCGUUGCACCGAACUGUAGACCUGAAUGCUCUAUAAAUGCGGAAUGUCCGGGUAACCUUGCAUGUCAGAAUGAGAAAUGCGUAGAUCCGUGUCCAGGAUCGUGUGGUUUUAAUGCGCAAUGUUCUGUAGCUAAUCAUGUUGCAUUAUGUAAUUGUAUAUUUGGAUAUACUGGUGAUCCAUUUAGCGGAUGUUCUCAAAUUCAACGUAAGUCUACAACAGAGGUGAUGUAAUAAAUGUUGUUGUACAAUCUUAAGGAUUUUUGAUAAUGUUUUACAGAUACGUCUGAACCGCCACCGAACCCAUGUAAUCCCUCUCCUUGUGGAGCUAAUGCACUUUGUAAAGAACGAAAUGGAGUAGGCUCAUGUACUUGUCUGCCUGAAUACUUCGGCGAUCCUUAUACAGGAUGUCGACCUGAGUGUGUAUCCAACUCUGAUUGUGAUCGCAACAAGGCUUGCUCCAACAAUAGAUGUAAAGAUCCCUGUCCGGGAACAUGUGGUAUUAAUGCGGAAUGCAGAACUAUUAACCAUUCACCAACUUGCACUUGUCUCCAUGGAUAUAAUGGCAAUCCACUAGUCAAAUGUGAAAUGGAAAUUCCAGGUCACGAUGAACCCCGUCUGGAUCCGUGCCAACCAUCACCUUGCGGCCCUAACAGUCUCUGUCGGGUUAUAAACGGCCAUAGUGUUUGUACUUGUGAAAGUGGAUAUAUUGGCACACCACCAACUUGCCGCCCCGAAUGUAUUGUCAGCUCGGAAUGUCCGCAAGACAAAGCUUGCGUGAAUAAGAAAUGUGUAGAUCCUUGCCCCAACACAUGUGGCCUCAACGCGCGUUGCCAAGUCAUUACGCAUAAUCCCAUCUGCAGUUGUACACCUGGUUAUACUGGAGAUCCAUUCACAAAAUGCAAUCCGGAAGAAGUACCGGAGCCUACAAAUCCAUGUGUACCUUCGCCUUGUGGUCCCAACUCUGAAUGUCGCGUUAUUGGUGACCAAGCUGCUUGCUCUUGUUUACCAAACUACAUUGGAAGAGUACCUAACUGCCGCCCAGAAUGUACCAUUGACGCUGAGUGUCCAAGUAAUACAGCGUGUUUCAAUGAACGGUGUAAAGAUCCUUGCCAAGGAGCUUGUGGUGUAAAUGCCCUAUGCCUGACUGUGAAUCAUAAACCCAUAUGUUCGUGCCAACAUGGUUUUACCGGAGAUGCGUCCAGAAGUUGCGUACAAAUAAUAUCUACCACCGAAAUGACACCGACAUCAAGCCCUUGUUUACCAUCCCCAUGUGGUCCUAAUGCUGAAUGCAGAGAAUAUAACGGAGCAGGCGCUUGCGUGUGCUCAGAAGGUUUUGAGGGCGAUCCAUAUAGCACGCAAGGAUGCCGUAGAGAAUGUGAAAGCAACGAUGAUUGUGCUCCCAAUUUGGCUUGCACACGAUUCAAGUGCAUCGACCCUUGUCCUAGAACGUGUGGUCUAUUAGCGCAAUGUACUGUUGAAAAUCACGCGCCAGUUUGCACGUGUCCACGAGGCUACACAGGAGAUCCAUUCUUUCAGUGUAAAGAAAUAGUAGUACCACCUACGCCCAAGAACCCUUGCGAGCCUACACCAUGUGGACCCAACAGUCAAUGUAGACAAGUGAAUAUGCAAGCAGUUUGUUCAUGCUUACCAAAUUACGUGGGGUCGCCUCCAUCAUGUAGACCGCAGUGUGUGGUUAACAGCGAGUGUGAUUCUUCUAAGGCCUGUAUAAACCAAAAAUGCGACGAUCCUUGUCCUAAUACAUGUGGAUUAAGGGCCCAUUGUCUUGUUAAAAACCACAACCCAAUUUGUACCUGUCCAGCAGGCAUGACCGGCGAUCCAUUUACACAAUGUUAUGCGAUACAAGUCACAACUGAGCGACCGCCAUCUUGUACUCCAUCUCCAUGUGGGCCACAUUCCCGUUGUCAGUUAUUGGCCAGUGGACCAGCCUGUUCAUGUCUGCCCGGCUAUGUUGGAUCUCCACCUUCAUGCCGACCAGAAUGUACGAUCAACUCAGAGUGCCCCGCUUCAUUGGCUUGUGUAAGACAAAAAUGUGAAGAUCCUUGCCCUGGAUCAUGUGGAGUCGAUGCUAACUGCCAUGUAUUGAAUCAUGUAGCGGUAUGUGUUUGUAAUGAUGGAUACACUGGUGAUCCCUUCUCGAGAUGUUCACCAAUACUAGAAGCGCCAACAACACCGACUCCAUCAGACCCUUGCAAUCCGUCACCUUGUGGACCUAACGCUCAGUGCGAAAAUGGAUUCUGCACAUGUUUGGCAGAUUAUAGCGGUAAUCCUUACGAGUCAUGCAGACCGGAAUGUACUGGAAGUCAAGAAUGUCCUAGAGAUAAGGCUUGCUUUAGAAAUAAAUGCCGCGAUCCUUGUCCUGGCGUUUGUGGACAAAACGCAAAAUGUGAUGUUAUCAACCAUAUACCUUCUUGCUCUUGCAUAUCAGACUACACUGGCAAUCCGUUCACUCAAUGCCACCGAAUAGAGGAACCGAAAACACCGAGAGAUCCAUGCCACCCAUCACCAUGUGGACCCAACAGUGUCUGUAAAACUGUUGACAAUGCUGCAGUUUGCGCUUGCCUUGAAGGUUACCAAGGGUCGCCACCCGCAUGCAGGCCUGAAUGUGUUGUGAGCUCUGAAUGUCAAUCAACCAAAGCUUGUGUAAAUCAAAAAUGUAUAAAUCCUUGCAUUAAUGCAUGCGGUGUAUCCGCUCGUUGUGAAGUCAUCAACCACAGCCCUAUUUGUAGUUGCAACCCUAAACAAACCGGCGAUCCAUUCAAGAGUUGUUAUGACAUUUUGAAAUCUCCCCCUGAAUCCGUAGAUGCUUGUAAUCCUUCUCCAUGUGGACCAAAUGCUCAAUGUAUUGAGAGAAACGGAAAAGCAAACUGCAAGUGUAUAGAGGAUUAUGUGGGACAACCGCCGAACUGCAGGCCUGAGUGUGUUAUUAACCCAGACUGUCCUUCAAAUCAAGCAUGUGUUAGGAAUAAAUGUAUAGACCCCUGCCCAGGCUCCUGUGGUAUAAAUGCUGAUUGUAUUAUAGUGAGCCAUACCGUUUCAUGCAUAUGCAGAGAGAAGUUCACGGGUAAUCCAUUUAUGCAGUGUGUGCCACAAGAAGAUAAAAUCCCGCAACCUUGUGAUCCGUCGCCAUGUGGUGCGAAUGCAAUAUGCAAUCAACGAGACGGAGUCGGAGCUUGCUCUUGUUUGGACGAGUAUUAUGGCAACCCGUAUGAAGGUUGUCGUCCCGAAUGUGUCCUAAGCUCCGAUUGUCCCGCUGAUAAAUCAUGCAUCAGAAAUAAAUGUGCUGAUCCAUGCCCAGGUAUCUGUGGCACGAAUGCUGAAUGUAAUGUAAUUAACCAUGUCCCAAGCUGUGCUUGUGUGAAAGGAUAUUCGGGCAAUCCGUUUGUUCAAUGUUUGAAGGAUGAACCCACAGAAGUAUCAAGGCCCUGUCAGCCGUCACCUUGUGGACCUAAUAGCAUUUGCAGAGAAAAUGGAGAAUUAGCAUCUUGCGAAUGCUUGCCGGAAUAUAUAGGGGCUCCACCUGAUUGUCGACCCGAAUGUACCGUCAGUAGUGAAUGCCCUUCAGACCGAGCUUGUCACAAAUUCAAAUGUGCUGAUCCUUGCAGAGGAACAUGUGGAAUUGGUGCGCAUUGUCAAGUAAUUAACCAUAGUCCCCUGUGCAGCUGUCCAGCCGGAACUUCUGGCGAUCCAUUUAAACGGUGCUUUGAGCCAGUUAUUUACGUACCCGAUACACCGAAGCAGCCAUGUCAGCCAAAUCCGUGCGGUUCUUACAGCGAAUGUCGCACAAUUAACAAUAGCCCAUCAUGCUCUUGUAUUGAAGGAUACUUAGGUCAACCGCCUAAUUGUCACCCAGAAUGUCUUGUGAACACUGAUUGUCCAUCCCAUCAAGCUUGUAUCGCUGAAAAAUGUACAAAUCCUUGUGAAGGGUCAUGCGGAUUUAGAGCAGAAUGCCGGGUACAUGAUCACAUACCGAUCUGCAGUUGUCCAACUGGUUUUUCUGGAGAUCCAUUUAUUCAAUGCGCAGAAAUAAUCGCAACACCAACGCCCUUACCCGAUCCUUGUAACCCUUCACCUUGUGGUAGUAAUGCCAUAUGUGAAGAUGGUGUAUGCUCUUGCGUGCCUGGAUAUUUUGGAGACGCUUAUGUAGGCUGCCGACUGGAAUGCACUACCAACGGUGAAUGUUCACCCACUCGAACAUGUCAGAGAGGAAAAUGCGUUGAUCCAUGUCCUGGCGCAUGCGGCACAAAGGCGAUAUGUUCCGUUAACAAUCAUAUUCCAUCCUGCACUUGCCCACCUAAUACUUCCGGUGAUCCAUUCACUUUCUGUUCAGAAAUUGUACCAAAAGAUAUACCAACCAAUGGAUGUUCACCAUCGCCCUGUGGUCCAUACAGUGAAUGUACGGUGACGGCGAAUGGUGCAGCCGCUUGUUCAUGCAAAGCUGGCCACAUUGGAUUACCGCCAUCUUGUCGUCCAGAAUGUCUUGUGAGCGCCGAAUGCAAACUCCAGUUAGCUUGCAUUGAUCGCAGGUGUCGCAACCCUUGCGAGGGUGCAUGUGGCCGAGGCGCUAGAUGUCAAGUCAUUGCUCACUCUCCCAUAUGUACUUGUAAUGACGGUUUCACCGGUGAUCCGUUCACAUAUUGUUAUCCUGCGCCAGUUGUUCCACCGGAACCGCAAGACCCGUGCGAACCAUCGCCGUGUGGGCCUAACUCAGUAUGUCUGUUCUCGGGAGCUACGCCAGCGUGCAGUUGCCAACCUGGCUUUUUAGGAACUGCACCUAACUGCAGACCAGAGUGCACCAUAAGCGCGGAGUGCCCGGCAACUCUUGCGUGUGUAGCUCAAAGAUGUAAGGACCCGUGCGAGCAAGCUUGCGGACCAAGAGCUAUCUGUUCAGUAGUAGAUCAUCGUGCUACUUGUGCCUGCGAGUCAGGCUUAGAAGGCGAUCCCUUCCAGGGUUGUUCACCACCACGAGCUCCACCAAAGAUUGAGUAUUUAAAUCCGUGUGAACCUUCGCCUUGUGGCGCGAAUGCUGAGUGUAAAAUACAAGGAAACGCCGGCUCAUGUACAUGUCUUCCCGACUAUUUCGGUGACCCAUACCAAGGUUGUAGACCGGAGUGCUUAAGCGACUCUGACUGCCCCCUAGCCUUGUCUUGCAACAGAAAUAAAUGCGUGGACCCGUGCCCAGGAGUUUGUGGAUUCAAUGCAGAUUGUUACGUUACUAAUCAUAAACCAACAUGUAAUUGCAAACUUGGCUAUACUGGCAAUGCGUUAUCAAUGUGUUCCCCCAUAAGAGAAAAUGAUGUUAUAGAGAAAGAUGUUUGUAAUCCCUCUCCUUGUGGAGUAAACUCAGUUUGCAAGGAAGUGAAUAGUCAACCGAUUUGUUCAUGUUUGCCAAAUUUCGUGGGAUCUCCUCCUAACUGCAGACCCGAAUGUGUAAUUAAUUCUGAGUGCAAACCAAACAAGGCGUGUAUUAAUCAACGCUGUGUGAAUCCCUGCCCUAAACCUUGCGGCCAAAACACAGAUUGUAAAAUGAUUAAUCACAGCCCUAUAUGUAGCUGUCGUCAAGGCUAUUCGGGAAAUCCGUUCACCAUGUGCAGUCAAAUAAUUCAAAUGACACAACCUAAAGCGCCAAAUUCAGAUCCCUGUGUGCCAUCACCAUGCGGUUUAUAUUCGGAAUGUCGUAAUAACAAUGGUUUGGCAUCGUGCUCUUGUUUACCAACAUACAUAGGAUCACCACCUUUCUGCAAACCCGAAUGUGUUGUCCACUCUGAUUGUCCAAGUGACCUAGCCUGUGUCUCAGAAAAAUGUCGAAACCCAUGUGAUGGUACAUGCGGCUUAUAUGCCAAGUGCUUCGUGAAUAAUCAUAUUCCGGUGUGCCUGUGUCCUGAUGGAUUUACAGGAGAUCCGUUCAGGCAGUGUGUACCAAAACCUGAACAAGAUAUUAUACCAACUGUAUCGUCCGACCCUUGUCAACAAAAGAUUUGUGGGCCGAACACUGUAUGCAACAAUGGAGUUUGCUCAUGCGUAGAAGGCUACCACGGUGACCCUAUGUUAGGCUGUAGACCAGAAUGUGUGUAUAAUACCGAUUGCCAACAGGAUAAAGCUUGUCAACGUAAUAAAUGUGUUAACCCAUGUGUCGGAACAUGUGGUCAGAAUGCAAUUUGUGACGUUAUGAAUCACAUUCCAAUGUGUUCGUGUCCUAAGGGAAUGAACGGUAACGCUUUUGUGGAAUGUAGACCCUCAGCAGUAUUAAAUGUGAAUCCUUGUCAUCCUUCACCUUGUGGACCGAACAGUCAAUGUCAACAAAGCAAUGGACAGGCAGUUUGUUCCUGCGUGCCCGGCUAUCGAGGAAGUCCUCCCACCUGUAGGCCAGAGUGCGUGGUCAGCUCGGAAUGUCCAUUGAACGAAGCUUGCAAUAAUCAGAAAUGUAUAAACCCCUGUAUCGGUGCAUGUGGUUCCGGAGCUGUGUGUGACGUCAUAAACCACAAUCCUAUCUGCACUUGUCCACCGACGUUCACUGGAGAUCCAUUUGUGAGAUGUAUUGUUAUAGUUAAGGAACAAGUACCUGUUAAUCCUUGCGAACCUUCACCUUGUGGACCAAAUUCAAUAUGCAAAAUUAACGGAGAAAGCCCACUUUGCGCUUGUUUACCAAACUUUAAAGGAUCGCCACCAAACUGCCGACCUGAAUGUAUCAGCAACAGUGAAUGCGACUACAACUUGGCUUGUUUGAACAAAAAAUGCGCAGAUCCAUGUCUUGGAACGUGUGGUGCGAACUCUGAAUGUAGGGUGGUUAGUCACGCACCCAUGUGCAUAUGUCAAGCAGGUUACACUGGCGAUCCAUUCUCAUAUUGCAGUCCGCAAAUUGUUUCGGAGGCAAUUGAACAUCUGACUCCGUGCAGUCCGAGUCCAUGUGGCUCGAAUGCCGUGUGCCGAGAAUUGAAAAAUGUCGGAUCAUGUCAAUGUUUGGAUGGUUAUUCUGGCGAUCCAUAUGAGGGAUGUCGCCCGGAAUGUGUAGUCAACUCUGAUUGCCCGCUCAAUAAAGCUUGUUCUAGAAUGAAAUGUAUUGAUCCCUGUCCCGGUGUUUGUGGUACAAAUGCUUUGUGUCAAGUAAACAACCACAUGCCAACGUGUAUAUGCCAACCUGGAUACACUGGAAAUCCUUUCAGCCAUUGCAAUAUUGUACAAGAAGCUUCAGUAGUGGAGAGAAAUCCAUGCAGCCCAUCACCGUGCGGUGCAAACAGUCAAUGCAAGCAAAUAAAUGAGCAAGCGAUUUGUUCCUGUUUACCAACAUUCAUGGGUUCGCCACCAAACUGUCGUCCUGAAUGUGUCGUUAGUUCGGAGUGCCCACAACAUUUAGCAUGUGUCGAACAAAAGUGUACCAAUCCUUGUAUCGGCACUUGUGGAGAAAAUGCCAAUUGCAAUGUUAUUAAUCAUAGCCCAAUUUGCGUCUGCAAGCAAGGACUGACUGGAAAUCCAUUUACUACGUGUUAUCCUAUAAAGGUAUCAAAACCACCUCAAAGUCCGCUUUCGUCUGAUCCAUGUCUAUCUUCACCAUGCGGACUCUACGCCGAGUGUAGAAAUGUUAGAGACACGCCCUCUUGCAUUUGCAAACCUAACUACGUUGGCAACCCGCCUAACUGCAGGCCAGAAUGUACUAUUAACUCGGAAUGCCCCAGCAACCAAGCGUGUAUGAACGAAAAGUGUCGCGACCCAUGCCCCGGAGCCUGUGGUCUAAAUGCACAAUGUACUGUUUUCAACCACAUCGCGCAAUGCGGUUGCAUUGAACGAUACACAGGAGAUCCAUUCACUCGUUGUCUGCCGAUGCGUGAAGAGGAUGAAAUUAUCGAAACGGAUCCAUGCAACCCAUCACCCUGUGGCGCAAAUGCUGAAUGUAAUAAUGGUGUUUGUACUUGUUUGCCUGAAUAUCAAGGAGACCCUUACUAUGGGUGCCGACCUGAAUGUUUAAUGAGUACUGAUUGUCCACAAGAUAAAGCAUGCAUUAAAAGUAAAUGCGUCGAUCCCUGCAUCAACACAUGUGGUGUGGGUGCUAUAUGCGAUGUGUUUAACCACGUUCCCAUGUGUUCAUGUCCGAAAGGAUAUUCAGGAAACGCCUUUAUUCAAUGUAUAGAGAAUAAAGUAAUUGAAAUUAUUAACCCAUGCAACCCUUCACCUUGUGGUCCUAACAGUCAAUGUCGUGAAAUAAAUGGCCAAGCUAUAUGUUCAUGUUUGCAAGGGUACAUGGGUGCCCCACCUACAUGUAGACCCGAAUGUGUUACCAGCUCAGAGUGCGCACUGAAUAAAGCAUGCUCAAACCAACGAUGUGUUGAUCCUUGCAAAGGAAAUUGCGGUGCAGGAGCCCAAUGCCAAGUGAUAAACCACAACCCCAUCUGUUCCUGUCCAUCUGGCUUUACAGGCGAUCCAUUCACUAGAUGUAUAAUAGAAGAUUUACAACCUGCAAUUUAUGUCAACCCAUGCGAACCUUCUCCAUGUGGCCCGAACUCCAUAUGCAAGGAAAUAAAUGAGUCCCCAUCAUGUGCAUGUAUUGACGGAUAUACAGGAAAUCCACCGAACUGUCGCCCCGAAUGCAUUGCAAAUUCAGAGUGUCCCAACGAGAUGGCGUGCAUCAACCAAAAAUGUAGAGACCCAUGUCCUGGGUCAUGUGGAGCUGGCGCAGAGUGUAGAGUAGUGAGCCACACGCCACAAUGCAUUUGUCCACCUGGCUAUUCCGGGGAUGCUUUUAUAGAAUGUAGGGUCAUAGACUUGCCACUUACACCGUGUUCCCCAUCUCCAUGCGGCCCUAAUGCCGUUUGCAAGGAACAAAGAAAUGCCGGAGCGUGUGUGUGUUUACCUGACCAUAUCGGCAAUCCCUAUGAAGGAUGUCGCCCCGAGUGCGUCGUGAAUUCUGAUUGUGCCACUAACUUGGCCUGCAUACAAAACAAAUGUAAAAAUCCUUGCAACAAUAUAUGUGGACGUAACGCUGUGUGCAACGUUAUCAAUCACACACCGAAAUGUGAAUGUCUGCCUGGAAUGACGGGUAGCCCUUACCAGAAUUGUUAUGAACAAAUGGAAGAACCGCCUAUGGUACACAGAGAUCCUUGUGUGCCAUCACCAUGUGGGCCGAAUAGUAUUUGUAAAGUUUCUAAUGAACAGGCAGUGUGUACUUGCCAACCAGAAUUUAUGGGAACGCCACCAUCUUGCAGACCAGAAUGCCUACUCAGUUCUGAAUGUAAUCAACAACAAGCAUGUAUACGUCAGAAAUGCAGGAACCCUUGUGAAGGAGUAUGUGGCCGGAAUACUGAAUGCAAAGUUAUCAAUCAUAGUCCUAUAUGUUCAUGUAGAUCCCAGCACACCGGAGAUCCAUUCAGUGAAUGUUAUAGAGUGGCCGAGGUUGUUCACCAGUCUACAAGCAACCCAUGUGUACCAUCCCCGUGUGGGCCGUUCUCACAGUGUCGUGACGUAGGAGGAUCGCCUUCCUGUUCUUGUAUGCCACAAUACACCGGCAGCCCUCCCAACUGCCGACCAGAAUGUACUAUUAACUCUGAUUGUCCCAGUGACAAAGCAUGCGUCAAUGAAAAAUGUAUCGACCCGUGUCCAGGGUCGUGCGGAGUUAAUGCUAAUUGUAGAGUUCAGAGCCAUGUAUCAAUUUGCACAUGUUUCGACGGAUAUACUGGAGAUCCAUUCAAUAGUUGUACCUUGAAACGACCGGCAGAAAUAACUCACGUUGACCCUUGCAAUCCUUCACCUUGUGGACCAAACUCAGUUUGCAAUGCAGGUGUUUGUACUUGUAUAGAAGAAUAUCACGGUGACCCAUACUUUGAAUGUAGACCGGAAUGUACUAUAAGUUCAGAAUGUCCAAUGGAUAAGGCAUGUGUAAAACAUCAUUGUGUCGACCCAUGCGUUAAUACAUGUGGCACUAACGCAUUAUGUCAAGUGGUCAACCAUAUGGCAGUGUGUACAUGUCCUGCGAAGAUGACCGGAAAUGCAUUCAUACAAUGUACUCCAAUUAAAGAGGUCUUACAACAAAAUCCAUGCCUCCCUACUCCAUGCGGACCGCAUAGUCAGUGUAGAGAAUUCCAAAGUCAAGCAAUUUGUUCCUGUUUACCAGGCUAUCGUGGUGCCCCACCAUCAUGUAGACCGGAAUGUGUAGCGAGUUCGGAUUGCCCACUUAACAAAGCCUGUAGCAAUCAAAAAUGCAUCAAUCCCUGUCAAGGAACUUGUGGUGUAGCUGCUCAGUGUCAAGUUAUAAAUCAUAAUCCUAUCUGUAGUUGUCCUGCGACGCUUACAGGCGAUCCUUUCACGAGAUGUAUUUCCAUUCCCGUUGCAGAGCCCUCGGUGCAUGUGAAUCCGUGUCAACCAUCGCCAUGCGGACCUAAUUCUAUUUGUCAUGAAACCGACGGAGACGUCCCGUCUUGUCAAUGCAUGCCUGAAUUCAUUGGAUCUCCGCCCAACUGUCGACCUGAGUGUUUGGCUAAUAGUGAAUGUUCACCUCAGCUUGCAUGUAUAAACAAAAAAUGUCAGAAUCCUUGUGAACAGGCAUGUGGUGGAAAUGCAGAGUGUAGGGUUGUUAGCCACACUGCAGUUUGUAUAUGUCCUGAAGGAUAUAGUGGAGAUGCUGCCGUACAAUGCAGCAAAACACCUAUUUUCUCUGUAGAGUACAUAUCUCCAUGCAGUCCGUCGCCUUGCGGCCCCAACGCCGAAUGUAGAGAACAUUCUGGAGCGGGUGCUUGUGUAUGUGCUAAAGGAUACUUCGGAAACCCAUAUGAAGGAUGUCAUCAUGAAUGUGUCGUUAAUUCAGAUUGCCCAAGUAAUAAAGCCUGUACCAGAAAUAAAUGCAUAGACCCAUGCCCUGGUACGUGUGCUCCGAAUGCUGAAUGUCAAGUAGUAAAUCAUUCACCAUUGUGCACUUGCAGAUUAGGAUACACCGGUGAUCCAUUCAGCCAUUGCUCAAUCAAACCUAUAGAAGAUGUACCAACAAAUCCUUGCGAACCGUCGCCAUGUGGUCCAAAUAGUCAAUGUAGAAUUUCAAACGGCCAAAGUGUCUGCUCAUGUUUACCAGAAUAUCGGGGCUCUCCUCCAAAUUGUAGGCCUGAGUGUGUGAUAAGCGCUGAAUGUCCAAGCGAUAAAAUGUGUAAGAAUCAAAAAUGUGUAUCUCCAUGCCCUGGACCUUGUGGACAGAAUGCACUUUGUAAAGCUAUAAAUCAUAGCCCCAUAUGUACGUGUCAAAAUGAAUACACCGGAGAUCCAUUUUCACGUUGUUACUCGAAUCCAAUUGCGGAGGUACCUCAAGUACCCCAAAGAGAUCCUUGUGUGCCUUCACCAUGCGGCCCCAAUUCACAAUGUCAAAAUAAUGGCGGCGUCCCAUCUUGCUCUUGCCUGCCAAACUUUGAAGGCAGUCCACCUAAUUGUAGACCAGAAUGCACUAUAAACGAAGACUGUGCUAGCAAUAUGGCCUGCAUGAACCAAAAAUGUAGAGACCCGUGUCCUGGAUCAUGUGGAAUAAACGCUAUGUGCCAGGUCAUCAAGCAUGUCUCUAUUUGUUCGUGUAAUGAAGGUUACACUGGAAAUGCAUUCACUCAGUGCAAUCUUAUACCACCUAAAGUUCAAGAUGACUUAUGUAACCCGUCACCAUGCGGAGAAAAUGCUGAAUGCUUCGAUGGAAAAUGCACUUGUCUUCCUGAAUACCAAGGAGAUCCCUAUUCCGGAUGUCGGCCUGAAUGUUUACAGAGUUCCGAAUGUGAUCGCAGCAAAGCAUGUAUAGGAAAUAAAUGCAAAGAUCCAUGUCCGGGAACUUGCGCGUUGAAUGCCGUGUGCAAUGUAGUAAACCACAUUCCAAUGUGCAGUUGUCCGGAACGAAUGACUGGAAACGCCUUUGUAGAAUGUCGACCUGUAAUAGAAACAUUCGGAAACCCCUGCGAACCUUCUCCAUGUGGUCCAAACAGUCGCUGUCGAGACAUAAAUGGCCAAGCGGUAUGUUCAUGCGCUCCUGACAUGAUCGGGUCACCUCCAUCUUGCCGACCCGAAUGUACUAUAAGUGCCGAAUGCCCACUUAACAUGGCAUGCAGCAAUCAGCAUUGUGUCGACCCCUGUAUUGGUUCAUGUGGUGUUAAUGCGGAAUGUAAAGUUGUUAAUCACAACCCGAUAUGCACUUGUCCACCGUUAUACACAGGAGAUCCAUUUUCCCGGUGUAUUAGACAACCUGAGAGACUGCCAGAGCUUGUUACCCCUUGCACACCAUCACCUUGUGGCCCUAACUCACUAUGCAAAGAAAUAAACGAAGCACCGUCCUGCAUAUGUUUAGAAGGUUUCAUAGGCUCACCGCCUUACUGUAAGCCAGAGUGUAGCAGUAAUGAAGAAUGUUCAGUACAUUUGUCCUGUGUCAACAAGAAGUGCACUGAUCCUUGUGUGGGCGCUUGUGCUCCGAAUGCGGAAUGUCGAGUUGUGAGCCAUUCGCCUAUCUGUUUAUGUCCUUACGGCUUCACUGGCGAUCCGUUCUUUGAGUGUGUUCACGAACCAUUGCAUACAGAGGUCGCAACAACACCAUGUUCGCCUUCUCCAUGUGGUGCAAAUGCCAUCUGUCGGGAAAAAGAUAAUGCUGGAUCAUGUUCGUGCAUGGAAGGAUACAUUGGCAACCCAUAUGAAAAUUGUCGACCGGAAUGUGUUGCCAACACUGAUUGUCCGUCCAAUAGAGCUUGCGUAAAUACUAAAUGUGGCGAUCCAUGUCCUGGAAGCUGCGGACCCAAUGCUUUCUGUCAAGUCGUAAACCAUGUACCUCAAUGCACAUGCAACACUGGUUACUCUGGCGAUCCAUUUAGAUAUUGUGUUUACCAAGAACCAGUGGCAAUCGCGCCAGUUGAUGUGUGUUAUCCAUCACCUUGCGGCCCUAACAGUCAAUGCAAAACAGUAAAUAAUCAAGCAGUAUGCUCGUGUUUGUCGGAAUACGUCGGCUCACCACCUAACUGUCGACCAGAAUGCGUCGUUAGCUCUGAAUGCCCCUACGAUAAGGCUUGCGUGAAACAUAAAUGUAUCAAUCCUUGCCCUAAACCCUGUGGUCGUAAUGCUGUCUGCAAAGUAAUUAAUCACAGCCCGAUGUGCACGUGUGAACAAUCCUUUACUGGCGAUCCAUUUACUGUCUGCACACCGGUUAAAUAUGACGUAGUUCCAGAUUACAAGCAUCCUUGUGUACCUUCUCCAUGUGGGCCUUAUGCCGAAUGUCGUGAUAUCGGCAAUAAUCCGUCGUGCUCUUGCCUACCCACGUACAUCGGCAGUCCGCCAAAUUGUAGACCUGAAUGUACAAUACACUCCGAUUGUCCCAGCGAUAGAGCCUGUAUCAACUCAAAAUGUCAAGAUCCUUGCCCUGGUUCCUGCGGCGUGUCUGCUACAUGUAGCGUUCUAAAUCACAUUCCCAUAUGUACUUGUCUUGAAGGAUAUAUUGGAGAUCCGUUCACCAGUUGUAAAAUUCAGCCAUUGGAAGUGGAACCAAUAGUGACAGACGCUUGCUCAAAUGUUCACUGCGGCUCUAAUGCAGAGUGUAUUAACGGUCAAUGCCAAUGCUUACCGGAAUAUCAUGGUGAUCCUUACUUUAACUGUCGUCCAGAAUGCGUGUUCAGUUCAGAUUGUGAGGAGAGCAAAGCUUGUGUGCAGAAGAAGUGUGUUGAUCCGUGCGUGGGAGCUUGUGGAGAAAAUGCUAUUUGUCGUGUUGUUAAUCACAUUCCUAUGUGCAGCUGUAAUAAUGGCUUUACUGGAAAUGCCUUCAUCGCAUGCAACCCAAUAAGAGUGUAUCCUACUCAAAAUCCAUGUAGCACAGCUAUUUGCGGCCCGAACAGCCAAUGUCGCGAAAUAAACAACCAAGCUGUAUGUUCGUGUCUGCCAACGUAUUUAGGAAUACCCCCAGCUUGUCGUCCACAAUGUGUAGUAAACGCUGAGUGCCUACAAAAUCAAGCUUGUGUAAACCAAAAAUGUAUUGACCCAUGUGUCGGAACAUGUGGAUUAAGAGCAAUUUGUGAAGUAGUCAAUCAUAAUCCUAUCUGUGCAUGCCCUACUUCUCAUUCCGGAGAUCCUUUCAUACAAUGCGAUUUAAUUAUAAAUGCUCCUCCAGUGACUGUGAGUCCUUGUGAACCAUCUCCGUGCGGACCUAAUGCCAUUUGCAAAGAUAUAAAUGGCAGCCCAUCAUGCACAUGUAUGCCUGAAUAUAAAGGACAACCACCUUAUUGCAAACCGGAAUGUAUAAGCAACAGCGAAUGCGCCCCACAUUUAGCAUGUCUUAAUCAAAAAUGUAAAGAUCCUUGUAUAAGAGUUUGCGGAGUAAAUGCUGAAUGUCACGUGGUCAGUCACUCCGCCAUGUGUGUGUGUCCACAAGGUUACGUGGGUGAUCCAUUUUCACAAUGUUCAUUGAAAAUUAACAACGAAAUCUUGACACCGUGUUCACCAUCUCCUUGUGGACCUAAUGCGAUUUGUCGAGAACAGAAUAAAGCUGGCUCAUGUACAUGUAAUGAAGGAUAUUUCGGUAAUCCCUACGAAGGUUGUCGUCCCGAAUGUGUUUCUAACUCAGAUUGCCCUGGCGAUAAAGCAUGUAUUGGCAAUAAAUGUCAAGACCCUUGUCCGGGAACCUGCGGUGUGAACGCUGUCUGUUCUACAUUAAACCAUGCUCCAAUAUGCACAUGUAUAGUCGGUUAUACAGGUGACGCCUUCCGUCGCUGCAAUCCUAUUCCUCAGCAAGAAGCCGCACCACAGAAUCUCUGUUCGCCGAAUCAAUGCGGGCCUUACAGCCAAUGUCGUGUCAUAAAUGACCAAGCUGUGUGUAGUUGUUUAGCUAAUUACGUUGGCGAGCCACCAUCUUGUAGGCCAGAAUGUACAUUGAAUUCGGAUUGUGCUACCGAUAAGGCUUGUGUAAAUCAGCACUGUGUUAAUCCGUGCCCAGGACCCUGCGGUAAAAAAUCUGAUUGCAGAGUAUUCAAUCAUAAUCCAAUUUGCAGCUGUCGUCCAGGUUUUACUGGUGAUCCUUUUUCAAAGUGUUAUCCUAAACCAGCAAUACGACCGCUUUUGGAUGAGACGACCGAUCCGUGUGUGCCGUCACCAUGUGGACCAUUCUCUGUCUGUCGAAAUAUAGGCGGACAACCAUCCUGCUCUUGUUCGCCUGAAUACUUAGGAAGUCCACCGAAUUGUCGACCUGAAUGUGUUACUAAUCAAGAUUGUGUUAGUACUCUUGCCUGCAUAAACCAGAAAUGCAAAGACCCAUGCCCCGGUUCUUGUGGACAGAAUGCCCAAUGUUCCGUAAAAAAACACGUUUCAAUCUGUACAUGUCUUGAGGGCUAUGUAGGCGAUCCCUUCACAGCUUGCGCAUUAGAGCCUAUAAAUGAUUUACCUACAGAUCCAUGCAAUCCAUCACCAUGUGGUUCAAACGCGGAAUGUAAUAAUGGAGAAUGUAUAUGCUUGCCAGAAUAUAAGGGUGACCCAUACUUAGGCUGUCGACCUGAAUGCACAAUUAGCUCAGACUGUCAAAAGAACGAAAUUUGCGUCAAUAAGAAAUGUAUGAACCCAUGUCCCAAUACAUGUGGCACAAAUGCAAUUUGCGAAGUUAUUAACCAUAUCCCGAUGUGCAGUUGUCCAACAGGGUACACUGGCAAUUCAUUCGUGUCUUGUAAUGUUCUCAAAGCUCCUAUGCCAACCAAGCCAUGUAAUCCUAGUCCGUGUGGACCAAACAGUCAAUGUAAAGAGGUAAAUAACAUUGCUAUAUGUUCCUGCAUACCGGGCUACUCUGGAAAUCCCCCAACAUGCCGAGCUGAAUGUACCACCAGUUCUGAGUGCUCAUUGAACAAGGCGUGCAACAAUUACAAAUGUAUCAACCCGUGUAAAGGCGCUUGUGGUGUCAAUGCACUGUGUGAGGUUGUUAACCACAAUCCUAUUUGUUCAUGCCCGAAUGACUUUACUGGAGAUCCAUUCACUAGAUGCAUCCCGCGACCACAAGAAAUCCCCGUACAAAUAGAUCCUUGCACACCAUCACCAUGUGGACCUAAUUCAGUGUGCCAAUCCAUUAACGAAUCGCCAUCAUGUACUUGCAUGGAACAAUUUAUUGGUGUACCACCCAACUGCCGACCGGAAUGUACAAGUAAUAGCGAGUGUCCGAAUCACCUGGCUUGCAUUCAUAAUAAAUGUGGUGACCCAUGCGUAGGUGCAUGUGGUGCCCUGGCACAAUGUCGAGUAGUGAGCCAUGUUCCAAACUGCGUCUGCCUACCGGGCUACAGUGGAGAUCCAUUCCUGCAAUGUACAGUGGUUCAGCAUAUUCCCCCAUCACAACCGUCUUCUCCAUGCCUUCCAUCCCCAUGCGGAAGUAAUGCUAUUUGCAAAGAACGCAAUAACGCCGGCGCUUGUUCUUGUGCAUCUGGUUACUUUGGAAAUCCUUAUGAAGGUUGCCGACCGGAAUGUACCGUCAACACAGACUGUCCGUCUAAUAGGGUAUGCCAACAAAACAAAUGCCAAGACCCGUGUCCGGGUACAUGUGGCACCAAUGCUCAGUGUCAAACUGUGAAUCACGCACCAAUAUGCACUUGCUUACCAGGAUUUACUGGUAAUCCAUUACAAAAUUGCAAACUUCCACCGCAAAGUAUUGAACAACCAUCGAACCCUUGUGCUCCCUCACCAUGCGGUCCCAACAGCGUAUGCAAAGUAGCCAACGAACAAGCAGUAUGCACUUGUCUACCAGAAUACCGAGGCGCUCCACCAAAUUGCAAACCAGAGUGUGUUAUAAGUGCUGAGUGUCCAACAGACAAAGCUUGCAUAUCUCUAAUAUGUAAAGAUCCAUGCGUCGGGCAAUGCGGACAGAAUGCUCUAUGUAAAGUUAUAAAUCACAGUCCAAUAUGUACAUGCAUGGAACAGUUUACUGGCGACGCUUUUAGCCGAUGCUACCGGCUGCCACCUCCCGUAGUACACGAAGCACCAAAAGACCCCUGCCUGCCUUCACCUUGUGGACCAUUUAGUGAAUGUAGAAAUGUAGGUGGAAUACCAUCGUGCGUUUGUCUACCUAAAUAUAUAGGAGCCCCGCCAGGAUGUCGCCCUGAGUGUGUGAUCAAUGCGGAUUGUCCCAGUAAUCUCGCUUGCAUUAACAAUAAAUGUAAUGAUCCUUGUCCAGGCUCAUGUGGGUUGAAUGCUCAAUGUGUAGUGAAGAAAAAUACGCCUAUUUGCACGUGUUUCGAAAAUUAUAUUGGAGACGCUUUCACUGAAUGUAAACCGCAAGAGAUUGUCCAGGAUGAAAUUGAUUUGUGUAAUCCAUCACCUUGCGGUGCCAACGCAGUUUGUAAUGAUGGAGAAUGUUCAUGUCUUCCUGAAUAUCAAGGAGAUCCAUACUUUGAGUGUCGCCCUGAAUGUGUACUUAGCUCCGACUGCCCUCACGACAAAGCAUGCUUACGAAAUAAGUGUGUCAAUCCAUGUAAUAGCGGUGUUUGUGCUACUAGUGCAAUAUGCGAAGUUAUAGCCCAUAUACCCAUGUGCAGAUGUCCAGAACGCAUGACUGGUAAUGCUUUCGUCCAAUGUUCCCCUCUAGAAGUUGAAAGUCCUCAACCUUGCCAGCCCAGCCCAUGUGGGCCAAACAGCCAGUGUCGCGAUGUGAAUGGUCAAGCUGUAUGCUCGUGCUUGGUUGGAUACAUUGGAAGCCCACCUUCGUGCAGACCAGAAUGUAGUGUGAGCACAGAUUGUUUACCUCACCAAGCUUGCAGUAAUAGGAAAUGUAUCGACCCCUGUCGUGGAGCAUGUGGAAUCGGUGCAAAAUGCCAAGUCAUUAACCACAACCCGAUUUGCUCUUGUCCAUCGUCAUACACAGGAAAUCCAUUUGUCAGAUGUAUAGUGCAAGAAUUUAUCCCGGAACCAGUCAAUCCUUGUACUCCGUCACCGUGUGGACCGAACUCUGUUUGCAAAGAAAGUUUAGGCGCACCUUCAUGUUCUUGCCUCAACGGAUAUGUUGGAUCACCGCCUUACUGUAAACCAGAAUGCAUCGCUAAUUCUGAAUGCCCCUUAAGUCUCGCAUGUAUAAACCAAAAAUGUGUGGAUCCAUGCAAAGGUACUUGUGGCAGCAAUGCCGAGUGCCAUGUAAUAAGUCACUCACCUUCUUGUACAUGUAUCGCAGAAUAUACUGGUAAUCCAUUUGUGGAAUGUCGUAGAAAGGAAAUUAUACAUGAACCAUUAAGUCCCUGUCAACCAUCGCCAUGCGGCAGUAAUGCUAUUUGUAAAGAAUACAACGGCGCUGGAUCAUGUACAUGUUUGGCAGACUUCUUUGGAAAUCCAUAUGAAGGCUGUCGCCCAGAAUGUACUAUAAACACUGAUUGUCCACCCGAUAAAGCAUGUGUUCAGAGUAAAUGUCAAAACCCAUGUCCGGGAGCAUGCGCUCCGAACGCUCUCUGCCAGGUCAUCAACCAUGCACCAUCAUGUUCUUGUGAUCGAGGAUAUACUGGCGAUCCAUUCCGUUACUGCACACGAGAACAAAUUCAAGAAACACCCAUAAAUGUAUGUCAGCCAUCACCAUGUGGACCAAACAGUCGUUGUCAGGAAGUAAAUUCACAAGCCGUCUGUUCCUGCUUACCUAACUAUAUCGGAAUACCACCAGGCUGUCGUCCGGAAUGUGUUACAAGCGCAGAAUGUCCUAGAGAGAAGGCUUGUGUAAACCAAAAAUGUGAGGAUCCAUGUAUAAGUGCUUGCGGAAUUAACGCCAACUGUAGGGUUAUAAACCAUAGUCCAAUUUGUCAAUGCAAGCCUAGUUACACAGGAGAUCCGUUCACUAGAUGUAAUCCAUUGCCACCGCCGGUUGCAAACGUUGUGUUGGAACCGUAUAGUAACCCAUGUAUACCAUCACCGUGUGGACCUAACUCGAUUUGCGAGGAAGUAAACAAAGUGCCGUCGUGCACAUGCAUGCCUACUUAUAUAGGCAGUCCACCAAAUUGCAAACCGGAGUGUGUAAUCAAUGCGGAAUGUCCAACUUCUCAAGCAUGCAUCCAACAAAAAUGUCGCGACCCUUGCCCUGGCUCUUGCGGUAUUGGUGCAGUCUGCACUGUAUCAUUGCAUACACCUAUAUGCACAUGUCCUGAUGGUUACACUGGUGAUGCGUUCACAGUGUGUACACCAAAACCACCUGUGUAUGAUGUGAUUGAUAACUGUAAUCCGUCUCCUUGUGGACCCAAUGCCAUAUGCAAUGACGGAGUGUGCACUUGUGUUGAAGAACACCAAGGCGACCCUUACCUGGGCUGCAGACCUGAAUGUGUACUAAGCACAGAUUGCCCUACAGAUAAAGCUUGUGUAAAAAAUAAGUGUGUAGAUCCUUGUCCUGGCACGUGCGCUCUAAAUGCUUUAUGUGAUGUCAUAAAUCACAUACCGAUGUGCAGUUGUCCUCAAAGAAUGACGGGCAAUGCCUUUUAUAACUGUGAACCAAUACAAGGACCAAUUGUGAAAAAUCCUUGUCAUCCAUCGCCAUGUGGACCGAACAGUCAAUGCAAGGAACUGAACGGGCAAGCAGUGUGCAGUUGUAUACAAGGAUACAGAGGCAGUCCACCACUGUGUAGACCCGAAUGUGUUGUCAGUUCAGAUUGUCCAUCAAAUAAGGCUUGUUCUAACCAGAAAUGUAUAGACCCUUGCGCCGGAUCCUGCGGUGUAGAUGCGAAAUGUGUUGUUGUGAAACACAAUCCCAUAUGCACAUGCCCGAAUAAGUACACUGGCGAUCCAUUCAUCAGAUGUACACCAUUCCGACCCCCUGUUGCCGACAUUACACCUUGCUCACCGUCGCCAUGUGGUCCAAAUGCUAUUUGCAAAGAAGUUGCAGAAACACCAUCAUGUACAUGCAUGCCAGACUAUUUUGGAACGCCGCCAUAUUGUCGACCAGAAUGUUCCAGUAAUAGUGAAUGUCCUUCUAAUCUGGCAUGUGUUAACCAAAAAUGCAAGGAUCCAUGUCUGAACGCUUGCGGUCUUAAUGCGCAGUGCAGAACAAUAAGCCAUUCGCCAACAUGUUUCUGUGAUAACGGAUAUACUGGAGACCCUUUUUCGACAUGUUAUCCACAAAACGAAAUAGUACCGGAAAGAUCUUCGCCAUGCGAACCUUCGCCGUGUGGCGCCAACGCAGUUUGUAAAGAGCACAACUCAGCCGGUUCUUGUUCUUGUUUACCAGACUAUAUAGGUAAUCCAUAUGAAGGCUGUAGGCCUGAAUGUGUUGUCAACACCGAUUGUAUACCUAGCAGAUCUUGCGUUCGAAACAAAUGUAUAGACCCAUGCCCCGGCACUUGUGGGCCUAUGGCUAUAUGCGCUGUUGUUAAUCAUCUACCAACAUGUUCGUGUCCGAAAGAAUACACUGGCGAUCCUUACAGACGAUGUGACAUUAUUAGAGAACAACCACCCAAAAAUAUUACGCCUUGCGUACCAAAUCCAUGUGGGCCUAAUAGUGUCUGCCGCGAAGUGAAUGGGCAAAGCGCAUGUUCGUGUAUGCCAAAUUACAUUGGGACACCACCAGGCUGCAGGCCAGAAUGUACAUCAAGUUCGGAAUGUUCCUUGGAUAAAGCGUGUGUCAAUCAGAAAUGUGUAGAUCCUUGUCCUGGUCGUUGCGGCUCAAACGCUAAUUGUAGAACUGUUAACCAUAGUCCUAUGUGUUCAUGUAACCCUGGAUUUAUAGGAGAUCCUUUCUCAUUCUGCUCUCCUCAACCUAAACCGCCUCCAGAGCCAGUAAGGAACCCAUGCGUACCCAGUCCGUGUGGUGAAAAUGCAAUUUGCCGUGAAGUUAAUGGCUCACCAUCUUGUUCCUGCAUGCCGAAUUAUCAAGGACUACCACCUAAUUGCCGACCAGAAUGUGUAAUAAACCAAGACUGUCCAGCUGACAAAGCUUGUUUCAACAUGAAGUGCCGAGAUCCAUGCCCUGGCAGUUGCGGUCAAAAUACAGAAUGUACUGUCUUCUCACAUCUUCCAUCAUGUACAUGUUCACCAGGAUUUACUGGAGACCCCUUCACUUCAUGUGCUAUUAUACAGCCCAUAAAAGAUGAAACUCCAUUUGAUCCUUGUAACCCAUCACCCUGUGGAUUCAAUGCGCAAUGUAACGACGGAAUUUGCACUUGUCUCAAUGACUAUCAAGGCGAUCCUUACUUUGGUUGCAAGCCAGAAUGUGUAUUAAAUACAGAUUGUGCUUUGGACAAAAUUUGCUCAAAGAACAAAUGCGUGAAUCCGUGUCCAGGAACAUGUGCUCCGAGCGCACAGUGCAAUGUCUACAAUCACAUCCCAAUAUGCAACUGUCCAGAGGGCACGACAGGCAAUGCAUUUGUCGAAUGUCACGAAGUCAAAAUUGCAAUAAUGGAACCUUGUAAUCCAAAUCCAUGUGGACCUAACAGCCAAUGCAGAGCUAUAAAUGGACAAGGCGUUUGUUCAUGUCUUCCAACGUUUGUUGGCACUCCUCCAUCGUGUAGACCGGAAUGUACGAUCAGUGCAGAAUGUCCACGCAACGAAGCAUGCAAUAAUCACAAAUGCAUCAAUCCAUGCUUAGGCAGCUGUGGCUAUGGAGCGAAAUGUGAAGUGAUCAACCACAAUCCUAUAUGUACAUGUCCAACCCAAUACACCGGAGAUCCUUUGGCGUCAUGUUAUCCAAUAGUGGUUCCUGAAGUACCAGUGGAUCCUUGCACCCCAUCGCCUUGUGGCCCGCAUUCAAUAUGCAAAGUUAUUGGAGAAUCGCCUUCUUGUACUUGUCAGUCCAAUUAUAUCGGCAUACCGCCAACUUGCCAUCCGGAAUGUGUGAGCAACUCAGAAUGUCCGAGCAAUCUGGCUUGCAUCAAUCAAAAAUGCCGAGAUCCGUGCCCGGGUAGCUGUGGUUAUAACGCGGUGUGCAAUGUUAUCAGUCACGCUCUUGUAUGUUCUUGCCCAUACGAUCAAACUGGAGAUCCUCUUAUUUCCUGCAGCCCAAUUAAAGAAUCUGUCAUUGAAUACACAUCGCCAUGCGAUCCUUCGCCUUGUGGACUUAAUGCAGAGUGUUCGGAAAGAAAUGGCGCCGGUUCUUGCAGAUGUGUAGAAUCUUAUGUGGGUGAUCCAUACGAAGGAUGUAGACCUGAGUGUAUUAUCAAUAGCGACUGCUCGCCAGUUCUAGCAUGUGUUCAAAAUAAAUGCAAAGAUCCUUGCCCAGGCGUGUGCGCAUCUAACGCUAUCUGCCAAGUUAUAAACCAUCUACCAUCGUGUUACUGCCCUCCAGGGUUAACCGGCAAUGCUUACUCCAACUGCGUUGUGAAAAUAGAAGAACCCGUAAAGACUCCCUGUACUCCGUCACCAUGCGGCCCUAAUAGUCAGUGUCGAGAAAUAAACUCACAAGCCAUAUGCAGUUGCCAACCUAACUUCAUGGGCUCUCCGCCAAAUUGUAGACCUGAAUGCACAAUCAAUAGCGAAUGUGCCAGUGAUAAGGCUUGUAUUAACCAUAAAUGUGUAGAUCCUUGUAUAGGACAAUGUGCCAGAAAUGCAAACUGUCGUGUUAUAGCUCACAAUCCCAUAUGUUCCUGUCAAGAACGCUUCACUGGAGAUCCUUUCACAAACUGCGUACCAAUGCCAAUUUCAAUUCCACCAGUUGAAGCCCAAAGAAAUCCUUGUCUACCAUCUCCAUGUGGACCGAAUUCCCAAUGCGAUGAACUUAACGGAAACGCGAGGUGUACUUGCCUCCCCAACUAUAUCAGCUCGCCACCACGAUGCCGGCCCGAGUGUACCAUCAAUUCUGAAUGUAGCGCUAUUACGGCUUGCAUAAAUAAUAAAUGCUCAGACCCUUGUCCUGGAGCUUGUGGAAACAAUGCUCAAUGUAACGUUAAUAACCAUAUGCCUAUUUGCUCUUGUGUGCCCGGAUAUACUGGAGAUCCCUUCAGCAGUUGCCACAUCAUACAACAAGUACCGGCUGUGCCUGUCAAUCCUUGUUCACCAUCGCCUUGUGGUCCUAACGCCGUGUGCGAAGAUGGCGUAUGCUCAUGCAUACCAGAAUAUCACGGCGAUCCAUACUUUGCAUGCAAGCCAGAAUGCAUAUUAAACUCAGAUUGCCCACGCGACAAGGCUUGCGUACAAAAUAAAUGUGCAGAUCCUUGUAUUGCAGCAUGCGGAACGGACGCUAUUUGUGAAACUAUAAAUCACAUUCCUAUGUGUUCUUGUAAGCCUGGAUAUACCGGAUCACCUUUCCAAUACUGUAUCAAAUUCGAAACACCUGUCGUGACGAACUUGUGUGAGCCAUCCCCUUGCGGUCCAAACAGCCAAUGCAAAGAAGUGAAUGGGCAUGCUGUUUGUGUUUGCGUUCAAGGGUAUAUCGGUAGUCCUCCAAAUUGCCGACCGGAAUGUGUAGUCAGUUCUGAUUGUAAACUGGAUAAGGCGUGUUCCAACCAAAAAUGUAUUGACCCUUGCCCAGGUGCUUGUGGUCUUAAUACACAUUGCAUAGUAGUCAACCAUAAUCCUGUCUGCACUUGUUUAUCAGGAUACUCUGGUGAUCCAUUCUCGUCUUGUCAGUUUAUUCCUGCAACAGUACCUGAGAGAGUCAAUCCGUGCCUACCAUCCCCCUGUGGCCCUAAUUCACAAUGUAUCGAGCGUGAAAAUGACGCUGAAUGCAAAUGCUUACCUGAAUUUAUAGGAGCACCACCACGGUGUAGACCAGAGUGUACAAGUAACACUGAAUGCGCAACUAAUAUGGCAUGUAUUAACUCACAAUGUAGAGACCCUUGCCCAGGGUCAUGUGGUACAAACGCCGAAUGUAGAGUUGUAAGCCAUACACCAAUAUGCUUAUGUCAGCUUGGUUAUACAGGCGAUCCAUUCGUUUAUUGUAACAUACAAGCGGUUGCGGUUGUGGAGGAACGCCCCACUCCCUGCAUUCCGUCACCAUGUGGAGUCAAUGCAGAAUGCAAAGAAAGGAACAAUGUCGGCUCUUGUAUGUGUUUACCUGGAUACUUCGGAGACCCAUAUGAUAUUUGUAAACCAGAAUGUACACUUAAUUCGGACUGUCCGUCGAAUCUUGCCUGCCAUCAGAACAAAUGUCAUGAUCCUUGCCCGGGCACAUGCGGAAUAAAUGCAUUAUGUAACGUUAUUAAUCACGUAGCUAUUUGUACAUGCCCAGACCAACAUAAUGGCGACCCAUACAAGAUUUGCACGUUCCAACCACAAUCCGAUGUGACGGAUCCUUGCAACCCCUCACCAUGUGGACCAAACAGUCAAUGCAGAACACAGAACGGUGUCGCUGUAUGCACUUGUUUAAGCGGUUAUUCCGGAACACCGCCUUUAUGUAGACCAGAAUGUACAACAAGCUCCGAGUGUCCUUUAGAUAAAGCCUGUGAAAACUUUAAAUGUAUAUCUCCAUGUCCUAAAGGAUGCGGUAUAAACACAGAUUGUAGAGUGAUAAAACACAAUCCAAUAUGUUCAUGCAAGUCAGGAUACGCAGGUGAUCCGUUCUCCCGCUGCUACGUACAGCCUGAGUUUAGGCCUUCUAUAGUUGAACAAAGCAAUCCUUGCGUUCCUUCACCUUGUGGACAAAAUGCUGAAUGCAGAGACGUUGGAGGAGUUCCUUCUUGCUCAUGCAUAAUAGGAUACUUCGGAAGUCCACCGAAUUGUAGACCUGAAUGUAUAUUAAAUACUGAUUGUAGCAACGACAAGGCCUGCAUCAACAUGAAAUGCAUAGAUCCUUGUUUAGGUUCUUGCGGAUCGAACGCUAUAUGCAAUAUUGUUAAACACGUACCAGUGUGCUCUUGUCCGACUGGAUAUGACGGCGAUCCGUUUACAGGAUGUACAAUAAAACCACCAGAACUGCCGCAAAAAUCGGACCCGUGUUCUCCGUCUCCUUGCGGCGCUAAUGCCGUUUGUAACGAAGGAACAUGUACUUGCAUACCUGAGUACCAAGGCGAUCCCUAUUUUGGAUGUCGACCAGAAUGUGUUUUAAGCACAGAUUGUCCAUUAGAUAAGGCCUGUUCCAGACUAAAAUGUAUCAAUCCAUGUAGAGACAUGUGCGGGGUCAACGCAGAGUGUACGGUUUACAAUCACGUUGCAAUUUGCAGCUGUCAAAGCGGUUUUACUGGCAGUGCAUUUACCGAGUGCAUCAAAAUUAAAGAACCAAAGAACAAACCGUGUGAUCCAUCACCUUGUGGACCCAAUAGUAUGUGCCGCGAAUCAAAUGGACAAGCAAUGUGUGUUUGCUUACAAGGCUUCAUUGGAAAUCCGCCAAACUGUCGACCAGAAUGUAUACAAAGCACAGACUGUCCUCCAUCU